AUGUUUCUACCUAUUUUAUUUCUAGCCAUUUUAUUAUUUGGAAAAUGUGUUGAUGGUCAAAUAUCUGCUAUGUUUGGAAAUCCAAUACAAGCAGAAAAUUGUCAAGAAUGGAGUCAAUGGAAUCCAUGUAUUUGGUUACAUUCACAUAAUGGAACAAAUAGACGUUUUGAAAGAUCUUAUUUUGAUCAAUUAUUACCAGGAAGAACAGGAUGUCGUUCUCAUGUAUUUUUUAAAAUUUUAAGAGAACGUUUUGGUACAGCUUUUGAUAAUUUUUAUAAUUACUUAAGAAAAAUGACAAUAAGUGAAAAACAAUGUGGUGAAUGUUCAUAUCAACAAAGUUGUGGACGUAAUUGUCAUAGACGAGGAAACGGAAAUGUAAUAAAUCCAUUAUUUGUUGCAGAAAGAAAAUGUAUUAAUAUUGACCAAAAUGAUGCAUGUGUUUCAAGGCAACUUAAUGGUGGAUGUAAAUUAUGGCCAAAUCCAUUAAUACCUUUACCAAAUGUAACAAAUUCAAUGCUUGAUAUUAUUAAUGGAUUAGAUUAUUUAACAUGUAUUCCUGAAAAAAGAAUAAAUGGAGAUGUUUGUCGGUGUUGUUGCCAUCCAUACACAGUUAAUCCAUACACUUUUAAGUGUGAACUAAAAAGUUAUUUAAAGGGAUAG